UGAAUUGCAAGUAGCAUUUCACGACAGCCACACUGAGUGGUGACUCGUCUGUUUACACACUUAAGGCUGGACAGGACAGCAACACUAACAUUUUUCAGGCUGCACAGGACAGCAACACUAACAUUUUUCAGUGUUGGCGUUUUGAAGUCUGAGCUUUGCAGAUGUGGUGAGCAGUGCAAGGAAGCCUGAACGGACUGGAAAGCGUUUGUUGACUCUCAGUCGUGGAAGUUACAAGCUUAAAAAGAAGUGAUUCACGAGUAGUUGGGUUAGAAUGGUCGAAGUGGUUCUGAUUGACUUUUCUGAUAUUCACUAUGAUUACAUCCAGAAGUGGCUGUGCAGUGCAGUGGAUGUAAUGAGCAUGUGCAGUCUGACUGAGUCUCCAAAUGUGUUCAUGAUGUCCAGCCAGGGCAACACAGACAUUGCGAACAACGACCUCCAGACAUAUUUGCUUCAAUUAUCAGAGCAGGUUGAAAUGCCAAAAGGCAACCUUGAGGUGUUAGUCCAGGCCAGUUUUGCUGCUACAUUGUACACGAUCAAACAGAAGAUAGACAAACAGAACCUGAGCAACAUUCAGGUGAUCGUGUCCAUAGGGAGGAAAGCCACACUCGAGCUCUAUGUACAACAACUAUUUACAGCAAUUUAUGAAUUCACAUUUGAGACCCUUGUCAUUGGGAAUGAAGGAGAAAUAAAGCCACAGUCGCCAGGAAAAGAAUGUGUCCUCCUGAGCCAACAAAGAGAUGACAUUUGGAACGACAUCUGGAUGUUCUUGGCGCAACUCAAAGGGGUUAUGGGGGAGAUUGUCAUUCUCAAAUCUCUGCUGAUCCCAGAUUUAUUUCUUCAUGGCUUCACGACCAGAACAGGUGGUAUAUCCUACCUACCAGGUCUGAGUUCCUUAAACCUCUUCAGUAGCCGGAAACGGAGAGACCCGAAAGCUGUGGUUACAGAGAAUAUCCGACGCUUGAGCAUCAGUGCAGGAUUUAACCCUCAAAUCUUCUGCCUUGCAAAGGUAAGCCAUGGGAAUUGUGUCUGGAGCCUGGGGAAGCCAGAACCUGAAAACUAUGAUGCCAUUGUGACCAAUCAGAAAGGUGUCACUCUAGCAGCGCCGGGAGCAGACUGCAUUCCACUGCUGUUUGCUGAUCCUGUCCAACAUGUUUGUGGGAUGGCACAUGCAGGUUGGAAGGGAACGUUGGCAGGAGUCGCCAUGGCAACAGUGACCGCAAUGACAACUGAAUUUGGAUGCCAGGUGAAAGAUAUUCUCGUGGCGAUGGGUCCUUGUGUGGGCCCUUGUUGCUUCACUCUCCACCAAGAGGCUGCCCAGGAGUUUAUGAAGAUUGAGCCCAGCUGUGUAAAAAUGGCCGACUCUCUACGCCCUUCUGUAGAUCUCCGACGAACAACCAGGGUUUUACUAGAAUGCGGAGGGAUUCUCUCUGAAAACAUCAGUGAUGACUCCACAAGCAGUAGAUAUGGAGCAGUGAGUGUCUGCACGGCCUGUCACCCAGGUGCCUUUUUCUCCCAUACUCGGGAUGGGAGCAACUUUGGAACUCAAGUUGGAUUCAUCUCUGUCCAGGGCUAGCUGCCCCAUCCCAAACAGGAGUUGAUUAUAUACAGAAGAAGAGGGAAUGCCAUCUAUCCAUGAAGUGUCCUUCAAGCCCUCAGGUCUUGAUAGCAGACUAACUAUUUUUGAAGUGUAAAGGUUAUUGUAAUGGACUCGUGUAUAUAUAUGCUCUAGCCAGUAAAAAAAACAAAAAUAAAAGUCCUCACACCUGC